AUGUCAAAGCGGGCGAGGCGCUCAUCACAGAGGGCGACCUCAGCGCGGACUAUUUCUACGUCUGUGCCUCGGGCAGCUUCAAGGGUCGGCGCGUGCUCCCCCCGAGGACGGCAACGGCAACGGUGCCAUCCAGAAGUCGGCGGAGCAGCUUGCCUCCCAGGGGAGAGCGUCGUGAAGGAGUACAGCAAGGGCGGAAGCUUCGGGGAGCUGGCCCUUCUGUACCUGGUGCCGCGCGCGGCGACCGUGACGGCCAAGGAGGACUCCUCGGUCUGGGUGAUCGACAGAACGAAUUUCAAGAAGGAGCUGAUGAAAGUGUCGAACAACAAGAUAGCGGAGUACAUGAAGUAUUUAGACCACGUCGAGGUGCUCCACUCCCUGCUCACCGAGGAGAAGGAGGCGGUCGCCAAGGCCCUGGUGGAGAUGCACUUCUCCAAGGGCGACAUAGUGCUGCAGCAGGGCGAGAAGGGGAACAC